AUGGGGUGUCUCGAAGCCGUACGGGCACCACUGAGGCGCUGGUGUCUCAUUCUCUUGACAGCCUAUUUGCCUCUCGUAAGUGCGGAUGGAGUUGGUAUACUUGGAGCUGGUAAAUGGCUUUAUAAGCCAACCUGUGCUCACACAUGCCGCUACAUGGUACGGAACAACCCUCUCCUCUGCCAGACGGACGACGGCAGCAGCACGCAUCAGAGCCAUCACACCUCGUCGGCUAAGGACCCUUUAUGCUGGUUGAUUGAUGAUGCCUUUCUACGAACUAUCGCCCUCUGCAUCAACGAGUAUUGCUCGCGUGAGGAUGUUCCUCUCUCUACUAUUGAGAAAUGGUGGGAAGGACAUUUAGCAACUGGGUCGAUUGGUGAUUGGAGCAAGGGCAUGGAGCCGGCCAUGUCAUAUCAACAGGCCCUAGAACUUGCGCAAGACGAUGUGAAGAAACUGGGCGAGGAAAAUAUUCCUUACAUCACCGGCAAGGCGCCCCUGAACGUCACAAGUCGUAUUGCCGAAAAACAAUACAUUGCAACUCUCAAUUAUCAAGAAUCCUUCCAGUGGGGAGAAUUCGAUCAUGGUGUCAACAGUCUGAUCAUCUCAAUCACGCUCGUUUGCUUGCCCAUAGUUCUUUCGCUGGGUCGAUUCAUUCCUGGUUAUGCCAAGUUAACAAGUCGCAUCAACGCGAUCCUUGACAAGCCUCUUUGGGGUCACCAACACCGGGUUCCUGUCUGUGGGAAUUUGGGGCACAUGCCAACUCGAGGCCAGUCCAUCUUCAUUGCAUACAUUAUUAUCAUUAAUGUCAUUCUCCUGUGCCUACCUCUGAGAACUCUGCAGCCGAAUGUCAGAAUGGUGAGUCACCAUAUGCAGCGUGUGCAGGUGAUCGGUGAUCGUGCCGGAGUUCUUGCAUUUUGCUUAUAUAUCGCUCUGUUUCUUUUUUCGAGCCGAAACAACAUUCUGCUUUGGGUCACAGACUGGAGCCACAGCACAUACCUCCUGCUCCAUCGAUGGGUGGCGUAUGUCUGUAUUUUCCAGACUGUGAUGCAUUCGAUCCUUCUUCUUCACUACUUUGUCGGUUGGCAGGAUCAUGCGACAGAAAGCAAGCUCCCGUACUGGUACUGGGGCAUCAUUGCAACACUGGCAACAUGCUUCUUGUACCCGUUAUCUCUAUUGUCUCUCCGUCAAAAGAUGUACGAGGUGUUUCUCGCCAUCCACCAGAUCCUGGCUGCUCUCAUCUUGAUAGCAGGGUUUCUUCAUAUCUGGUAUCUCUAUUCUUAUAAUUGGGGCUAUGAGAUUUGGAUUUAUGCUGCAGGUGGCAUAUGGUCCAUGGACAAAGCCCUGCGGGUAGUAAGAACAGCCGCCAAUGGGUACCGUACAGCAACAAUCACUAGUGUGGACGAGAGCAGUGAUUUGUUGCGGAUCGAAAUCGACGACGUCGUUGUGGAAGGGCACGUUUAUCUCUACUUCCCAUCGCUGAGCUGGCGUGUCUGGGAAAACCAUCCCUUCUCUGUUCUCUCCAGCUUCACCGAACUGAAACCACAACCUUCCAGCACAAUUCUCGACACGGAAGUUGAUAGUGAAAAGGGAAAUGGAAAUACAGUCACGGCUGUUGAUGUCAGUGGCUCGAGUCCUUCAGAAGAGCAUCAAAUCGCCGGUGCUGCUCCAAACGGGGCUCAGGCCAAAGCGGUCCUCCUGGUACGAGCCCAAAAUGGUAUAACGGCAACUCUUCUCUCCCGGGUUCGCACCCAGAAAGGAACUCUAUCCAUCCGAGUGCUAGUUGAGUCUUCCUACCAUACAACUCCUUCCACGCGGAACUUAAGAGAAUGCUCCAGCUUUGUCGGUAUCGCAGGCGGUGUUGGUAUCACAGCCGUGCUUCCCAUUGCGAGCAGGUUUGGUGGCAUUUCUGCCAGGGUUUUCUGGGGCGUGAAGCACGACGAUAUCUUGCGCUCCAUCAAGCCGGAGCUCGAGCAAUAUAAAUCAAAGGUGGGGCUUCACACGACCAUUGGCACGCGGAUGCCUUUGGACGAGAUUUUCAAAGCCGAAUUGCUCCGGGAGGAUGUAAAAGGGAGUCUAGGUGUCGUAGUUUGCGGCCCACCCAGUAUGUCCGAUGAUGUUAGGAAAGUGGUGACGGAACUUGCUAGCAAAUCCAAUCGCGGUGUUGUAUUCAUAGAUGAAGCCUUCAGCUGGUAG